UCUUUCCCCCCUCUCUCCCGAGAUCUCCCGAAUAAAUUAAUAGAUAAAGAAUACCGAAAACAUUCUCUCUCUCUCUCUCUCUCAUGCGCACACGUAAACACGAACCCAGAUGCACGCACGCAGUCAAAGACGCAUGGAGAGAAAGAAAGAUUGCAAUCGAGUGUAAAGCUUGCGUUGCGUCGGCAUACCCCCCAUCGAGCUCUUGAAGGACCCCAUCUUUAGCCGACCUGUAACAUCAUCAUCGCCAUCCCCACUUCUCUCUCGUCGUGGUUGAAACCGAGCGCGACUUCUCGUUCUCCCUGUUUCGGCUUGUUCGCUCUCUGUUUCAUCUUGGUUCAUCGAACGAGGGACCGAGCAUGUCCAAUCAAGUGGACGAAGUAGCUUACAUGGCGGAGGAGAGAGAUGCCGCUGACUUUAUCGAUGAAAUGGAUGAAGAGAACAAUGGUAGAGCUGGUGGCGACGUUCCUGAUGCAUAUGACAUGCUCACUAAGAUCACGGAUACAUCUGCCAUGCAAGCAAGAAAGGGGAAAGACAUCCAGGGUAUUCCGUGGGAGAGACUGAACAUAACCAGGGACAAUUACAGGUUAACAAGGAUUCAACAGUACAAAAAUUACGUGAAUGUACCGGUCUCUGGGGAUGUUGCAGAUAAGGACUACAAAGAAGUGGAGAAGGGAGCCAAUUACUAUGAUUUCUUUUACAACACGAGGGUAGUUAAGCCUACAAUACUUCAUUUUCAGCUCAGAAACUUGGUGUGGGCUACUUCAAAACAUGACGUUUAUCUUAUGUCGAACUACUCGGUCAUGCAUUGGUCUUCAUUGACUUUCAAUUUGAAGGAAAUUCUCAAUUUUGCUGGACAUGUUCAACCCACCGAGAAACAUGCAGGAAAUCUACUGGAAGGCUUUACUCAGACACAGAUCAGUACUUUGGCAAUCAAGGAUAAUUUCCUUGUAGCAGGUGGCUUUCAGGGUGAGAUUUUCUGUAAGCACUUGGACAGAAAAGGAGUGAGCUUCUGCACAAGGACCACAUAUGAUGAUAAUGCAAUAACAAAUGCCGUGGAAAUUUAUGACAGCCUGAGCAGGGGUGGGAUGCAUUUUAUGGCAGCCAAUAAUGACUGUAGCAUAAGAGAAUAUGAUCUGGAGAGAUUUCAAGUCGUGAAUCACUUGCGGUAUCCUUGGCCCGUAAAUCAUGCAUCAAUCAGCCCGGAUCGUAGAUUGACUGUUGUCGUCGGUGAUCACUUAGAUGGGUUGUUGGUGGACACACAAAAUGGAAAGAGCAUCGCUAAAUUAACUGGCCAUCAAGAUUACUCCUUCGCCUCAGCAUGGCACCCGGACGGACGGGUUUUCGCCACAGGGAAUCAGGACAAGACUUGCCGAGUUUGGGAUAUAAGAAACCUGAAAUCGCCAAUCGCCAGCCUCAAGGGUAACCUUGGAGCCAUCCGAUCGAUCAAAUUCUCAUCUGAUGGCCAGUUUAUGGUGAUGGCUGAGCCCGCGGACUUUGUGCACGUGUACAGUACCAAAGCGGACUAUAACAAGCAACAAGAGAUUGAUUUUUUCGGGGAAAUCUCGGGCGUUUCCUUGAGCCCAGAUGAUGAGUCGCUGUAUGUCGGUAUCUGGGAUCGGACUUAUGCCAGCCUGCUUCAGUAUAAUAGACGGCACACCUACAGAUACCUCGACUCCUUUCUAUGACUUUGCAUGUCAACUCAGACUGACCCGCUUCAUACCCAUGCCUUUUUUUCUUGUUGGUUGAGCUCUAGUUCCUAAGAAUCCGAUACAGCAGGAUGAGAAUUUCAAAGCUCACGUUUUGCAGAAAAAUGUAAAUGAUUGUCAAUGAUUGCUUGAUAGUAAUCUUUUCCAUGGUCAAUCACUGUGCGUAUAUCCCGCUAUACUAGCAGUUGGUUUCUCAGUUUUUGUGAACCCAUAUUGCAUCCCGUGUUGUUUGCAAGGUCUCUUGAUGUCGUUGUAAUGUUUACAUGGAGCUAUGCUGGAGGAUUGUC